GGGUGCGGCCAGUUUGAAUUUGGCGCCACUUUCGCGGCUCCCCUGGCAACGGUGGAACGCUGACUCGGGCCGAGCGCCCGAUUCGAAUUCGGAUUCGGAUUCAAAUGCUGGUCCGGGGUCGCGAGACCAACGGCGGCGCCUCCGCCAAACGCUGGGCGACGGCGACGGCGGGGAUGGAGGUGAAAGGCGAGGGAAGGAGAGCCGAGCACACGGUAAACGCUAUGAAAAGAUGCGGUAGUUUGAAUGAUGCUCUCCACAUCAUCGAGGACAUGAACUUAUUAUACAUACGACAGAUUGCAUGCAAGAUGAAGGAUUGCAACAUUCAAGACAAAAUGGACUUUGAAAUUCGAAUGAGGGAAGGCAUUUGCAAACUUCUCGCCGCAUGUACCCAGAGGGAUCAGGUGGUACAAGCUGCCAAGAACCUGCUAACGUGUAAUGCCCGUAUACUGGGCUACAUGGCAGAGCUUCAGAAGCGCAAAGAAGAGCAGAUCCUGCACAAUAUGGCAAGAAGAUCACCUGACGCUGGCAGAAAGGAGCAUUCUGCAUGUUAUGGAAAAAUUGCAAUAUCUGAUAUUCGAAUUCCAUUAAUGUGGAAAGAUUCUGAUCACUUCAAUAACCGAGGGAAGACUCAGCGUUUUGCAGUGUUUUGCCUCCUGAAAAUUGGAGCAAACGUUUUCGACACCGAGUUAGUUAUUGUGGAUAAAAGUCUUACCGAUAUCUGCUUUGAGAAUUUGAUAAUAUUUAAUAAUACAAAGCCAGAUUUUGAAUUGAAGCUGGAGGUGUACAGCUGCUGCAUGGAGGACGAACCUUCCUUAGCCAACACUCCAAGGAGACUUGCCAGGAAACUCAGCACCUCGCUCAGCAGGUCUACGGGAAAGAAGAUCACAUUAGGAAUGGAGAGUGGAGACCUCAACUCCAUCCUACUAACCAACCCUGUGGCAAUUGGUGCCAAAUAUAAUUUGCUUGCAGAAACCCUCCUGAGAAUUGAUAAUGCUGAAAGCAGCUUUCGAACUCACAGCCUCACCAUCAUAGGAAAUGAGGAAAGUUCGUUCUGGGUGCCUCUGUAUGGAAAUUUGUGCUGCAGAUUAGUAGCUCAACCAGCAUGUAUGACAGAUGAUGUGAUGACCGGAUUCCUCAACCUGCAGCAAAUUGUGGGAGGUCUGCUUAACUGGACCAGAUUGUACUGCAUCCUGCGAGGUGGCUAUCUUAUAGCUCACUAUACACCAGAAGAAAUUGAGGCAAAAGUGGAUCCCACAUUAAUCAUUCCUGUCAACAAGGAAACUAGAGUACGAGACAUUGACAAAGACUCAAAGAAAACCAUGUACAGUUUCUCCAUCGUCAAUCCAUAUGCUGGCAAAACUAUGAGUUGGGUGUUUGCAACAGACUGUAAAGAAGAUCUGUGCAACUGGAUGGAGGCUUUCUGGCAACAUUUCUAUGACAUGAGCCAGUGGAAGCAUUGUUGCAAAGAGCUUAUGAAAAUUGAGAUUAUGUCACCACGGAAACCACCUUUAUUCCUCACAAAACAAGCAACCUCAGUCUACCACGAUAUGACUAUUGAGUCACCACUGAAGGACAAGAGUUUGAUGGAUAUUAUCCAUAAUAAAAUUGAGGAGACUGAUGGAGAAUUUCUUCUUGGUCAUCAGCAAGUUUCUGAGCCCCCUCUGUGGGCAGCUCUGUUCGAUGGCACACACAAUAUAAUUGUCCAGAGAAAUGUACAAGUGCCAGAUCAGAACAAGGAUAACGCCACAACUUCAUCCACAAAAGGUAAAAAGAGGCCAGCUCCUCCCCCUCCUGUGGACAAACAGCCGUACAAGCCAGAAACAGCCUGCAUCAACCAAUCCCAGAAAGAGAAUUGGAAAACCUCUGUUUCAACUCAAAAAAUGUCUAUCCUGGUUCCCAAACUAUCCUCCACAAUGCAGCAAGUGCACAGGUCGACAGCCAUUUCUCAUAGGCAUUUUCCAACCAGUCAAGCGUGCCUGAAUGAAGGCAGCAACCAGGCAGCAGCCAAGCCACCGCUGUUCAACAGACCAGUACCUGCUCCACGUCAGAGAGGACCUAUCAAGAACAAACUUGAUCCCAGAACUUGGGUUCAGUCUCAAGUGUAGCACGUAGAAACAGUGAACUCCUAAUAGUCAGAGACGAUAGAUAACGUAGAUAGUUAAUGAGGAGCCUUUGUAGCAGGGUUGAACAUCAGCAUUUUAUUUCAUGUACCAAAGUGUUGGAGAAAAAAAAAAGCUUGACUUAUUUAGGGAUCAGUCACUUACAUGGAUUGACUUGAAUGGUCAGCAAAUUGAUUCUUUGAAGCUACUUUUAAAAUCCUUACCAAUACAGUUACAAAAUGCACAGUAACAAUAUUUUCAUUGAAAUAAUGCUGCCUUGUUGAUGUUUUGUCAAUUCUCUUUUAAUUUGACUUUCCAAGUGAGGAGUCUAUCCAGAAUCAUAUGAGAGGUAUUUUUAUUCAGAACUUUUUUUUAAAGUAAGACAUGCUACUUUAUUCAUCAUUGUACAAUAAUUGUGCAAGUUAUUACUGUAGGGCAUAUACCAUUAAAUUUGUAGUGAAAUUGGGAGCACAAAUUUUACUCCCACAUUGUCUAGAUGUGUUUUAAUGAAUAAGAUAGACUAACUGGAUGUUGCCUAACCAGUGAUAUGAAAAUUCACACUCAAUAUGCUUGUGGGAAGAGGGAAAGGAGAGAACAACUGCAGAAUAACUCCUGAUCUACUUGCUCUAAAUGAAGUGGCUCCAGCUGCUAUGGAAUGUGUAUAGAAACCAACAUGACUUUUAUAACAUUGAAAAUAAGUAAGUUUCCAAGUACACCAUGAUUUGUUUUCCUGACUUACAUUUGUUUAUCUGCACAAAUGUAACUUAUGUCAAGCAAUGAGCUGCUUGUGCUGAUAUUGGUACAGUCUAUAAAUUUUCAGGGGCAAACAGAAGGGAGAUUUUUGUUCAAUUCCUCAACUGUUCUAGGAUUGAUAAAUUAUUCAAAUGUUGGUUAUUUUUGGAGUUUUGAACAAGUGUACAGGAUUUCAUACUUUCUGGCUGGAAUUGUACGACAAGUCUUAAUAGGUCUGGAAUAGUCCAGAUGAGGAAAUAUGUUUUAAUUUUUA